AUGACAGAACAGAAAACAAGAACACCCAAUAUAUUCGCCAAUGAGCACCCCAGCAUCCCUGCAAAAGAGGAGAAAAAGGAUGAAGAGACAGACCCAUCCGAAGAUAAAGACAGAAAAGAUCUGAACGAAACAGAAAAUAAUGAAGACGACGAAAUAGACAUGGAUGAAGUCAUCGCCAUGCCAGAGGAAGCCUCCUCCAAGUCUUCUCUGCUCGCAGGAGUCCUCGUAGUCGACGAAAAAGGCGCAGAGGCAGAGCUCGCUGAGACAUUUGACGCCAUGGGCCUGAGGCCAGAGAUCCUCAAAGGCAUCUACGGAAUGGGCUUUGAAAGACCCUCGCCCAUACAGAUGACAGCCAUCAGACCGCUCCUCAAGGGAAGAGAUCUCAGAGCACAGGCGCAGAGUGGAACAGGAAAGACUGCAGCCUUUGGCAUCGCCUCUCUCCAGACGGUAGACCCAAAAAUAAGAGAUGUCCAAGUGAUUAUCAUGGAAACAACAAGAGAGCUGGCCAUACAAACAACAAGAGUGCUCAGCAAGCUCGGAAGCUACACAAACAUAACCAUAGAAGCUAUAUACGGAGGAGUAAAGGUCUCAGACACUCUCGACAAGCUGAAGAAAAAGCCGCAGAUCCUCGUAGGCACUCCCGGUAGACUGCUUCAUGUGAUAGACAUGUGCCAGCUGAAUCUCUCGAAUGUGCGCCUCUUUAUCCUCGAUGAAGCAGACGAAAUGCUGAAAAAAGGGUUCCUCGAGCCCAUCAACAUCCUCUACAACAAAAUAACCAACACAAGGCUGCAGGUGGGCCUGUUCAGUGCUACAUGGAGCAGAGAGGAGCAGGAAAUAACCGCACAGAUCCUGAACGAGCCUGUGAUUAUUUCUCUGAAGGACGAAGACCAGACCCUGAAGGGAAUUAAGCAGUACUACAUCAACGUAGGAGACAAGAGAGGAAGCGCAUCUGUAGACAUGAGCAAGUUUGAGAUACUUUGCGAUCUCUACAACAGAGGGUCCAUCUCUCAGUCCGUCAUCUUCUGCAACAAGGUGGAGAGAGCCGUGAACAUCCAGAAGAACAUGAUAGAAAGAGGCUUUGAGUGCGAGAUCUUCCACAGCGAGCUGCCCCAGGAGGUGAGAAACGAUGUGAUGCGUAGAUUUGCCGAGGGCAACUGCAGAACUCUCGUGUCCUCCGGGCUGCUUGCCAGAGGUAUGGACGUGCAGACUCUUAGCGUGGUGAUUAACUUUGAUGUGCCGCACGAGAAAGAGAUAGAGAACUACAUACACAGAAUCGGAAGAGCAGGAAGAUACGGAAGAAAAGGCACUGCAAUUAACCUUGUAUCGUCAGAGGACGUGGAGAUGAUCAGAAAGUACGAGAAACACUACAACACAACCAUAGCCCCACUGCCCUCCAAUAUAAUUGAGAGUCUAUAA